GAUUUGCCCUAGACGGUGCGUUGAAAUGAAUUCUUUGUCACUUGACGGAACCGUUAGGACGCUGAGUCAUAUCGCUGGAGUAGGUGGUCACCGGUUCGAAUAUCGGUAGGCGUAGGUCGGUUGGAUGAAGAGGAAACUCAGGUGCGGUUUUGUCAUCGACCGCCUCAGAUAGGUAGAAGGCCCCGAGCUUCCGAGUUCACGAUUUAGUUGCAGGUGGAAACGGAUGCUUUGGACGGUGGGAAAGGCUGUUGUAUUUAUGUGUUGUCACUUAUUCUUAGCAGGAAAAACUCCAGCUGGGGUUUUAACCGGCAAGUGACUGACCUUUUGGCUGCGGAAUCCUGUACUGAAAAGCUGUAUAUUCUGAAACAAUGAAUUAUGGUUUUGUGCCUAGUUCAAAGCUUUAGAGAUGCCUAGAACGCUUUGGUCCAAGUAUUUGGAACAGAAAGCGCUUUGGACUCGGUGACAAGGUGAAGGAAGGGUUUGGAUGAACAAUUGAUUUGUGAAGAGGGGAACAUCAAGCGUAAAAUAAACACAAGGAAUCGGACUUAUGCCUUCAUGCGGCCAAGUACAGCCAUUUCCUUUGCAGUACAGAAAACAUGUCCGUGAAAGUAAACCCGGUUAGAAUGCUUUUUUGAAGUUAACAAAGAUGUAAUAUCCAGUACAAAUUUUGGACACACUCUAAACGUAAGCUCCUUUCGGCUUUAAAGGCGCAGUGUCUUGGUUUAAAUAUACAAAUAAGAAGCUUCUCGAGCAGAAGUGGGGUUUUUGGUGGUCCAGCCUUGUAGACUUAUACAUAUAUAGGGUUUUGAAGCAGCUGGCUAUGGUGAAAGUGAAACAAGUGUAAUGGAUUCGUCAGAGUCCCAGCGGGGUCGAAAAUUAGGGAUGGCGAAACCCCGCGCCAGAAUUGCAGAAGAGUCUCGAUCCAUGAAACAAAUAGAGAACUUUUCUCCCAAGGGCUUGAAGGUUCUGGUUGUGGAUGAUGAUCCUUUGUGCCUCAUGGUUCUCGAAAGAAUGCUACGCCAGUGCGAUUACAACGUGACAACAUGUACUCGGGUUACAGAAGCAAUAGCCAUGGUGAUGGAAAAGAAAGAUCGUUUUGAUCUCGUGAUGAGCGAUGUCUACAUGCCAAAUGAGGAUGGUUUCCAUUUACUGGAGGUCAUAGGAUUAACGCUCGAUUUGCCCGUAAUUAUGAUGUCGGGAAAUGCUGAAACGAGUACGGUAAUGAAGGGAAUAACUCACGGAGCAUGCGAUUAUUUGAUAAAGCCUGUGAGAAUGGAAGAACUAAGAAAUAUAUGGCAGCAUGUUGUUCGGAGACGGGGAAGAGAAAACCUGAGAUCGGAGGAAUAUUGUGGGGAAAGUGACCAUGAAUAUAAAGUGGCGGAAUCCUCUGACUCCUCUUCCAAAAAGAGGAAGGAUUCCGAGAAUUUGGAGUACUCCAGCGAAAUAAUAGACGAUAUAAGUAGCCUGAAGAAGUCUAGAAUACACUGGACCGUGCAACUUCAUCAACAAUUCGUUGUUGCAGUAAAUCAAUUAGGAAUAGAUAAGGCGGUCCCCAAGAGAAUAAUAGAGAUCAUGGGCGUACAUGGUCUCACACGAGAGAAUGUUGCAAGCCAUCUUCAGAAGUAUCGUUUGUACUUGAAGCGACUGAGCGGGUCAAUUCCUGAACCAUACCCAGUGGCUUCGUUCCAGGCUGCUGAGGACGGAAAAUCGGGUGGCACCAUGCAAGUGCAACCUGGGGGGAAAAGCCCCCAUGCCUCACCGGCUCCUGGAGGAGUGAAGGGCAUAAACUUGGGUGUUGGGGUGAAUCCCAAGGCAGGUUUUCGACUGGGUCGAAUAGACCAAGCUACACUCAAAUCAUUGGAGCAGUACCGAGCUUACGAACAGAAGCUGGCUGCUAAUCGAGCUCAAGUCUUGGGAGGUAUCGGAAUAUUGCCCUCUAAGCAAUCAAAUGUUGGGCAGCUAGCAGAUACAAAAGGUGCUGGGCUCCAAAGAAUGGCUUCUGUAGAUCUAAGUUUGCUAUGGAAAGCUCAACGUGAUGAUGACACUGCUAACCAAAAUCAACAAAGAGCAAGCGUAGUUGAUGAUUCAGCCACCCAGAGUCUGAAAGUAUCUGUGAAAGUGGAGGAAGACUCUUUUUCUGCUCCCAUCGAGUCUUUUUCUGCUCCUAAGCAUUCUACUUCCAGACACUCAAGGGCACGCAGUAUGAGCGCUGAAUGCUCUAAUACCUUUCCUAGUACAACUUUCCACAUAUCAGAACCAGAAAAAUCUUUGCUAAGUCGGGGUCUCUUGCUGGAGGGAAGCACAAGCAACAUGGAUAGCAGAGAGAUGCAGAUAGAUCCUGGUGUUGAUUUAUUUGAUAGCUUUGUAGACGACUAUGGAUUAACUUCAAUUGAAGCACCUUCUGAAAUGCAUCCACACCAGCAGGGAUUUGAUAAUGCGGCCUUUCAGGGAUGUCAAGAUCCCUUGUCCUAUGCACCCGAGGACAUUUCAGGUUACCUCUUAGAAGAUAUCCUUCCUAAGUCUGGUUAGGAAGAUAAGUCUCUUAGUAAGGACAUUUAAAAACGAAUUAUAGAUGUGUUUAUUACAAAUGUAGAUAAUGAUACUGAUUAUCAUGUGUCGUGGCUUUGUGUCACUUCAACUUCUUCAAAUGCUCUGUAAUGUUACUGAAAGCCUUCCAUGAACGACGUGGAUGGCUCAUUUUUAUGUCAAAGUUAUACCUCAGUCAUAAUUUAUUGUUAAAAGUAGUUUAUAGGUGUCACAGACUGAACGUGGUUGGCAUUGGUAUUAGUGCUUGCUGGCGUGCCAAUUGAAGAAAGGACAUGGGCGGUGGCACGUUAAUUAAAUGUUUAAGUAAAGGUAAAGGAAAGGAAUCAGACAGAAGGUUGCGCUUUUGUAGGUAUUGUUCUCGCGCUUCAGAAAAUCGUGGGACUCGCUCCUAAACGAGGUCUGCGGGUCCAGUUGAAAAAGGUGAGAUGUGAUUGCUUUCGUAUAUUGCUGGGUCGGGGGGCUUUAAAGAUAAAUAAAAGAUAUUGUUGCCUUUA